AUGGCCGCGGCACGCCCUCGCGCCUGCACGGGCACCUCGCCCUGCCCUUGCUCAAACACCGCCGAACACCCGUUGCGAGGAGUCGUGCCCGUCGCCGUGCCUCGUCUCCGCCGGACGCCGCCACGCCGAAGGAUCCGCCUGCUCCUCUUCAACGACGGCCGCAGCACGCCGAAGCCCACACCAGCGCCUGCAAGAACCAGUCGAUCUCCCCACGCCGGACCUGCAUCUUGCCCCAUCGUCGCCGGCCACACCCUUUGGCCAGCUGAUCAGAGCCGAGAAGAAGUCCUCUGCGUCGGCCGCUCCCACCUCGCCUCGCUGCAGCCACCGCUGCCUCGGGUGGCGCCGUCCCGUCCCCGUCCGUGUCCAUCUCCCGCGUGGCGCCACACCGUGGCGAGGUCAACCCCGCGCUGCAUGCCGCAGCGUUCCUAUACGGUGGCCACCAAAACGUGCGUCGACGAGGUGCACGUGUACCAUCUCGGCGAUGGCGACGGCAGCGGGAAGAGCGGCGCCGAUGUUGUGCUCAGGGGGCAUGAGGCGGAGGGUUAUGGCUUGUCAUGGAGCCCGAUGAAGGAGGGGUGGCUGCUGAGCGGCUCGUAUGAUAAGAAGAUUUGCUUGUGGGAUCUCUCCUCUGGGAGUGGAGCUCCUGUUCUGGAUGCACAACAGGUGUUUGAGGUCAACUGGAGGUGA